AUGACCACCAUCAAAGUCGGAGCCGUCCAAGCUGAGCCUGUCUGGUUUGAUCUCCAGGGCAGUGUCGAGAAGACAAUCAGCUACAUCAAGAAAGCCGGUGCUGAUGGAGUGAAUGUGCUCGGAUUCCCAGAGGUGUUCAUCCCUGGAUACCCAUGGAGAAUCUUCACCACGCCUGUGGUUCAGAACACCGAAUUCUUCCAACAAUACAUCCAAAACUCCAUGCCGCGCGACGGCCCCGAGAUGGCCCGCAUCUGCGAAGCUGUCAAGGAAGCCGGCAUCUUCGUCGUGCUGGGCUACUCGGAGCGCGACGGCGGCAGUCUGUACAUCACCCAAUCCUUCAUUAACCCCGAGGGCAAGAUCAUCCUGACCCGCCGAAAGCUCAAGCCUACUCAUGUCGAACGUUCCAUCUGGGGCGAUGCCCAAGCCGACUCCCUCACCUGCGUCGUUGACAGCCCAUUCGGCAAGAUCGGCGGUCUGAACUGCUGGGAGCACCUGCAGCCCCUGUUGCGGUACUACGAGUACUCGCAAGGCGUACAGGUCCACAUCGCGGGCUGGCCACCGAUGUUCGACCCUCAAUCGAAGCCCGGAUGGUUCAACCAGACCAACGUCGGAAACACUGUGCCGUGCCAGAACAUGGCUAUCGAAGGAGUUUGCUUCGUGGUGGUCACGACCCAGGUCGUAACGGAGAAGAACUACGAGCUCUUGAAGCUCAAGGGCGUGCCCGAGAUGUUCGACCCGAUUCCGGGUACUAAGGGAAACACGCCCGGUGGUGGUGGUUUCGCCAUGAUCUUCGGCCCCGAUGGACAACCCCUUGCUGAGCCGCUUGAGAAGAACGAGGAGGGCAUCUUGACGGCGGUGAUUGACCUGAAGGCAAUUGAUGGUGUCAAACAGUGGUUGGAUGUCGUGGGUCAUUACUCCAGACCGGAUCUGUUGAGCUUGAACGUCAACAAGGUACCUGCUGCGCAAGUCAACGCCAUGAAAUAG